AUGGCUGUUACCGAAAUUGCUCUCUUGCGCUUCAAAUCACAGGCUCCUUCUUCAGCCGCGAAGUCAGGCCUGCGCCAGGCUAAAGAGGCCCAAGCCGAAUGGUCUGGUUAUCCAGUCCAGUUCGCUCUCCAGAUAGAGGACCCGGCUUUCUUCUAUCUUCUUGGGGGUUGGAAAUCUGUUGCUACACAUAGGGGCGAGUGGGUGCCGUCUGAGAUUAACCAGAGGUUGCUGGGGCAGCUGAAAGACGAUAUCGUUGUAGAGUGGAUGUUUCAUCUAGAAAUUGACCCUGCUACAUCUACAAUUCCUUUAAAUGCACCUGUAAUCGCCAUUAGCAGGUACUUCGUCGAGCCUAGUAAAAAGGCCGACUUUGACAGGGCAUUCAAAGCCGGAUCGCCUUACCUGGGUACACACACUGCGCCUUUCAGUUACAGCGGUGGAUGGCGAAUCGAUAAAGAAGGUGAUAAUGAAGAAUUUGUUCUUUUUAGCGGAUGGAACAAGGUUGAAGAUCACUUUGGCUUCGCGGAAACAGAAGGAUUCAAAGAAUUCGGCAAGAUCAAGGACGCAAUAAAGGCAGCUGAGAUCAAACAUGUCUGCCUGGAGAAGUGGGAAUGA